CAGGGCCAUGGCGGCGGAGGCGGCGGAGCGGCACCUGGAGCUGCUGCGGGAGGAGCGGGAGGCCGAGCUCGCCGAGAGCAGGGCAUGGCAGGAAAGUGUCUCCCUGAAGGAGCUGCAGCGCAGAGGUGUCUGCUUGCUGAAACUCCAAGCUGCCAGCCAGAGAACCGGCCUCUACGGACGGCUGCUUGUGACCUUCCAGCCUAGGAAACAUGAUUCAGAUGCUGAGCUGCCCUAUAACAGCUUUGGCCCUGGGGACAUCGUGGGCCUUUAUGAUUCAGCUGGGCAGGGUGAUCUGCUCUCCAGUGGCAUCGUAACACGCAUCACCUCCAAAGCAGUGACUGUUGCCUUUGAGGAGUCUCGGGAUGGGCUGCCGAGUCUGCACCAGGAGGGCUCUUACCGCCUGCUCCAACUCGCCAACGACGUCACCUACAACAGGCUGAAAAAAGCUCUAAAUUCACUGAAGCAGUAUCACGGUGGUCCAGCCUCUGACCUGAUCGACGUCCUCUUCUUUUCUUCUGAUCCAAGUGCAUUCAGUGAAACAAAGCCCCUGAAGCUUUACAACGACACGCUGGAUGCAUCACAGAGGGAGGCCGUCUCCUUCUCCCUGGCACAGAGGGAGCUUGCCAUCAUCCACGGGCCUCCUGGCACAGGGAAGACCACAACCCUAGUAGAGAUCAUCCUGCAAGCUAUACAGCAAGGCCUGAAAGUCCUGUGCUGUGCCCCUUCCAACGUCGCUGUGGAUAACCUGGUGGAAAGGCUGGCUGGCCACAAGGCCCGCGUCCUGCGGUUGGGCCACCCUGCUCGCCUGCUGCAGCCCAUCCAGCACCACUCCCUGGACGCCGUCUUAGCCCGUGGUGACAGCGCUGAGAUAGUGGCAGAUAUCAGGAAGGACAUCGACCAGGCCUUGGCGAAAACCAAAAAGGCUCAAGACAAGGGAGAGCGGAGCCAUUUUCUCAGUGAGAUUAAGGUGCUGAGAAAGGAGCUGAAGGAACGUGAAGAAGCUGCCAUGGCUGCAGCCCUUAGCCAUGCCAGUGUUGUCCUUGCUACGAAUACAGGUGCUUCCUCUGAGGGCCCACUGAAGCUGCUUCCUGAAAAUCACUUUGAUCUGGUGGUGAUAGACGAGUGUGCACAGGCCCUGGAAGCCAGUUGCUGGAUCCCUCUGCUGAAGGCUCCAAAGUGCAUCCUGGCCGGGGAUCACAAACAGCUUCCCCCCACCAUCAUCUCUCACACGGCCGCUGCCAAGGGCCUCUCGCUCAGCCUGAUGGAGCGUCUCACUGAGCGGUACGGCGAGAAGGUUGUGAGGAUGCUGACAGUGCAGUACCGAAUGCACCAGGCCAUCAUGCAGUGGGCUUCCAUGGAGAUGUACGGCGGCCGGCUCACUGCUCACCCUUCAGUCGCCCAGCAUUUGCUCAAGGACCUGCCGGGUGUCACCUCUACAGAAGAGACCUCAAUUCCCUUAUUGCUUAUAGACACUGCUGGCUGUGGCCUGUUUGAGCUGGAAGUGGAAGAUGAACAGUCUAAGGGGAAUCCAGGGGAGGUGCAGCUGGCUGGUUUGCACAUCCAGGCCUUGGUGGAAGCUGGUGUGAAGGCAAGAGACAUCGCUGUUGUGGCCCCCUACAACCUCCAGGUGGACAUGCUAAGAGAGCACCUUUGCCACAGGUACCCAGAGCUGGAAGUUAAGUCAGUGGAUGGUUUCCAGGGAAGGGAGAAGGAGGCAGUGAUCCUGUCAUUUGUCAGAUCCAACAGGAGAGGUGAGGUGGGCUUUCUGUCGGAAGAGCGGAGGAUAAACGUGGCGGUGACCCGCGCCCGGCGCCAUGUGGCCAUCAUCUGUGACACCCACACCGUCACCUCCCAGGCCUUUCUGAAGCGGCUGGUGGAUUAUUUCAGUGGGCACGGGGAGGUGCGCACAGCCUUCGAGUACCUCGACAACCUCGCGCCCGAAUGCUAUGCUCAGGAGGGCCGUGGUGAGCGGCAGCGAGGGGCAAAGCUCCCUGCAGCACCUGGCCCCAAACUGCAGCUGCCGGCGGGGAGGAAGCUCAAAGCAGCAGCAGCGGCCGAAGCAGCGUGUCGGAAGCCAGAAGCGCAUUUCUCUCCCAGCACCAGUGGACCUGGGAGUGAGAGCCCAGGGACAAAAGACGGUGCUGAGAAGUUCAAGGCUGUGCUGGCGGCCUUCCUGGAGAGUGACGAGGUGCAGCUGGAUUUCCCCCCGUCCCUCAGUUCCCACGAUCGGAUGCUGGUUCACCUGACGGCGGAGGACUACAGGCUGCAGCACUGGAGCACUGGGGAGGGCCGGGACCGGUUCGUCAGCGUUCGCAAGAAAGAGCCUGCCGAGCCGUCGCGACCCACAGCCACCCUCCCCAGCCAGCAGCUCCCCAUUCCUCAGCCACAGCGUCCCAGCGGAGAAACCCCCAGCCCCGCUGAGCCAGGAGGAAGCAGCGAAGGCUCAGGGAAACUGGACCUGAAAACCCUGCACCUGGAGAGAGUCCGGAGGGAGGAAGCCAGACGGGAGGAGGCAGCCAAGAAGGCUCAGGAGCUCAGCACCGGCCUUCCAUGCAGCAGCAGGAAAAAAGACAAAACCGAAGCCAAAGGAAAGGCAGCAGUUAAGAGUGGGGCAGACAGCGUUGCAGAAGAGGAUAUCGACGCUCUGAUUUCUGCUGCCGUUAAAGCUGACACCACCUGCAGCUUCCCCCGCUGCAAAGCCAGUGUAACAACCCUGGGACAGCUCUGCCUGCACUGCAACAGCCGCUACUGCCUCAGCCACCACAUCCCGGAGGUUCACGGCUGCGGGGCCAAGGCCAAGGCCCACGCACGGCAGAGGAUCAGCAGGGAGGGGGUUCUCUACCCUGGGAGCGGCUCCAAAGACAAGUCCCUGGACCCGGCCAGGAGAGCCCAGCUCCAGCGGCGCCUGGACAAGAAGCUCAACGAACUGACCAGCCAGAGAAAGAGCAAAAAGAGAGACAAGGAGAAGUGAUGAAGGACCCGAAUGCUGCUUUUUUAACCUUGAAGUCACAGGUCAGGCUCCAUAAACCAAAGAUGCUAUUAAAGCUCCAGGGCUGUGCUGAGCCCACAAGGAACACGGGUGAUCUGGGUUUGGGUGGUGGACACCUUGGAGCAGGAGUGCCUAAAUAAAGAGGGGCUGGGCCCCCCUAAACUGCAGAGCUGGAAGACAGAGAGCAGCUUUGCUGGUCCCCCUUAUCCUUGCUGCUGAAGGCAUGGAGGGGCCCAGAGAGGCUGGGAAUGCCAGCAGAUGGGCACUGGAACACCUAAAGCAGUUGGCUGCUGCUGGGACAUUUUUCCUUGCUACAGUAAAAAGAUAAAUGUGUGUGAGCAAGAACAUGAGAGGAGCUGAAAAGAGGAGGAGGCUUUCCUCAGGGGAGGGUGACUAAGGAAGCGGGUGCCUCCAGCUCCCUUCUCCCACUCCAGCACCCCUCCCAGCCCUGCUCGGAGCGAGGGCAGCUGGCGUGUCCAUGCAGCAGAUUGCAGGGGCUGUGACGUAGCCCAGCACGUUUCUGUCUCUUCCCAAGUGCUAGAUGAGGUGGCUAAGAAUCAGAUUUUCCCCCAGACUUCAGUCCGUGUUCAUCCCGGCUAUGAACACCUUUCAAAAAAAACCUCUUCAGCAAACCUCAUCCUUCCAAAACACCCUUUGCAGCCCCAGUCGUGGGCCAGCCCGGCCUGUGCCUGUCUCAGCUCCGAGCAGCGCUUGGCUCGUGCCCUGGCCCUGCGGCAGGGAUGGCACCAGCUGGCACAGCAGCAGAUGGGACACGGGGGCUUGGGGAGGGGAAGGUGAGGAGGGAGAGCCGGAGCAUGGGAGAAGAAAAUCUGCGCGUCGGUGAGCGGUGCUGGGCGUACACAGGGCAAAGAGCCAGAGCAGCGCCUGUGUCAGGGGGACAUGCCACAGAGAAAUCACAGCCUUGUCCCAAAGUGAAGGUCAGGCAGGGAAGAGGGAUAAGCAGAAAGGAAAAUUGCUGCCAGCUGGGGGUACCACAACCAUGUUAUCUUUAUUCAGGAAUAAAUGGCUCAUUCACACUUUUUUUCCACCCCCUCUGCUCAAAUCAUUCAAGCACCCACCUCGCUGCCCAUCCUGCCCCCGUAGCACCAGCUUUCUGGCAAACAGCCCCAAACGCCCCCAAAUCCUGGGUUCCUGCUGACAUCCUGCAGGCAGAGCCCAGCUGGGCCCCAGGGCAGCAUCUGCCCACCAACCCUUGCUGUGGGGGACAGCUGUUGGCCCCCCAGAACCCCCAAACCUUACCCAAGGGCUGGUUAUGAGCAGGCAGGAUCCAGGCUUUUCCCCUCCCUUCCCCUGAAACAGGAGCUGAGCUUAAAAAUUAUGAAAUUAGGGGUCUCUUGUGUCUGCCUUCGGUCACAGGGCCAAGACGUUCCUCUCAGUGCUCCAAGUUUGGAUAAAACAAGCGAGUUUGGGGAUAAGCAAGUCAAAGGGCAACGCCAGGACUGUGCUUGUACGAAAGAACCCCCAGACAUGAGAUUUGUGUCAGAAGUGGAGGAAUUUGCUGUGGGGUUGUAAGCAACCCCAAGGGUUAGUUUAGCUGGAAGAGGGCCAGGUGGGGGGGGGAAAAGCCAACCCCGAUUGUGUUGGACCUUUAGAGGAUCACAGCCUGGUACUGACCUCAAACACAAGAAAGCUGGAAAA